CGGCUCUAUGUCUCGCAUUUCCUAUCCACCUGGAACUCGAGAGUCUUCGAAUUCGGGGCGGUACUCUACAUGGCAGUUGUCUUCCCGGGAACGUUGCUGCCCAUGUCUCUGUACGCUCUCGUGCGUGGGCUAUCUGCGAUUAUCUUUGCGCCGGCAGUUGGCUGGUAUAUUGACACUGGGAACCGGCUCCAAGUCGUCCGAGUAUCCAUUGUCUUCCAGAGGCUGGUCGUUGCGGCAUCUUGCGCCAUCUUCUAUGUCUUAGCGGCCGACGUACAACUUGACUCUCGUGUAAGAGCAGGGCUACUCGCGGUGGUGACGGUCUUUGCCUGCGUGGAGAAGCUGUGCUCGAUAUUGAACAUGGUUUCUGUUGAAAAAGAUUGGGUCGUGGUUGUGGCACAGAGGGACCCUGCAGCGCUUCGAGCCAUGAAUGCUCAGAUGCGGCGAAUUGACCUCCUCUGCAAGCUCUUUGGGCCGCUCUUUAUUGCCACGAUGGACUCACAAUCCUCCCGGUUGGCAAUCGUUGUCAAUUUUGGAAUGAAUGUAGCGUCUCUCCCCGUUGAAUAUCUGGCCAUCGCCCGAGUCUACUACAAGAUCCCGGAGCUGCAAGAGGCAAAGACAUCGCCGCAGCGCAGCAUCGCACCACAAGCAGAGUCCCCUCUAGCAACCCACCCUCCAGCCCAUGAAGCUUGGAAUUCAUUGCUCAAACUGAUUCAACACUCCGCACGGGACUUUUCUCUAUACUUUAGGCAUCGGACCUUUCUCCCAUCCAUGGCCGGUGCCGUUCUCUAUCUCACCGUUCUGAGCUUUGGCGGCCAGAUGGUCACCUACCUUCUCUCUUCCGGCUAUUCAUCCAUGCAGAUUGGCAUUGCCCGAACCUUUGCUGUCAUAUUCGAGGUCCUGUCCACAUGGGUGGCGCCUUGGCUGAUGGGGCGGAUUGGGGCGAUAAGAGCUGGUCUGUGGCUGAGUAGUUGGCAGGUCACGAUGCUUGCCGCGGGAGUGUGUGUAUUCUGGACGUUCCAGCCAGGAGACCCUUUCGUGUCAGCAAGCGGGCUUGUUGCCGGCACGGUCUUGAGCCGUCUUGGGCUGCGAGGGUUUGAUCUGUGCGUCCAGCUGAUUGUGCAGGAGGAGGUCGAAGCCGAGCACCGCGGCGUCUUUUCUUCCGUGGAGGCGGCCUUUCAAAACGGCUUCGAGCUCUUGGCGUAUGCGUCCACCAUUGUCUUUUCUCGCCCCGAAGAGUUCAAGUGGCCGUCGCUCAUCUCGGCUCUGGCUGUUGCAUCGGCCAGUGGCGCGUAUGCCGCCUUUGUGUACCUGCGAAGGGGGCAUUUGCUGCAU